AUGGUGUACACGAGCGAUUGUGACGUUGUUGUUGUGAGCGAGUCCUGGCUGACUCCCUCGGUGCUAAAUAAAGAAAUAUUACCGAAUGGCUAUGAUAUAUAUCGCUGUGACAGACAAGAUGGCAAAAGAGGCGGAGGGGUAUUAAUUGCAAUAAAAAAUGAGAUUGAAUCUAAACGACGCAAAGAGCUAGAAUCGAAUUGUGAAAUUGUGGUGUGUGAAAUACAUAUUUCCAAAGGUAUGAAGCUAAUUAUAUGCGGUUUCUAUAGACCUCCCUCGAGCAAAAAUGAAUAUUUAAUGAAUUUUGGUAAUUCCCUCGAGAAUAUUGUGAGAGACGGUACUCCUGUUAUAUUAUGUGGCGAUUUUAAUUUUCCUGAAAUUGAUUGGGAACUGCAAGUAGCACCUGGGUGUGACAACUUACCCAAUAUUUUCUGCGACAUGAUAAACGAUGCUUUUUUGAGUCAGAUGAAUUAUUCUCCGACAAGGGUUUCUGACUCAACAAGCAACAUUUUGGAUUUAGUUUUUACAAAUCUGCCGGAUCAGCUUUACGGUCUUUCAACAUUCGAUUGUCAACUGAAUACCGAUCAUCUUGGAAUUUCAUUUUUCCUUAAGACAACUGUGAAGCGAACAAAAUUUUCACGUUCUGUGUAUAAUUUUAAAAAGGCUGAUUUCGAUGGGUUAAGAGAAACUCUUGCGCACACACCAUUUGAAAUGCUACUCGACUGUGAAGAUAUCGACCAAUGUUGGGAAAAAUGGAAAGAUGUAUUUCUUACUACCGCUGAAAUGUUUAUCCCAAAAUGUAAGGUUAGAGAUGCAAAGGCUCCAAAAUGGAUAGAUGGAGAUGUUAUCAAUCUCUCCAAGUGUAAGAACAGAAUGUGGAAAAAAGCUAAAAAAUCUAACUUAACAAGUGAUUGGGAAAAUUACAGAACUAUUCGUAAACAGCUAAAAACGUUGACUAAAAAGAAAUAUCGUGAACAUCUCGCAACUAUGCAGGAUGAGUUAAAGGAUAAUCCUAGUAAGUUUUGGUCAUUUUACAGAGCCACAACAAAAACAGCCAGGAUACCAAAAAUUGUUCAUCUCAGUGGGGAGAAAGCCUCAACGCCUUCUGCUAAAGCGGACAUGUUCAACAAAUUUUUUGCGUCCGUUUUUCAAAAAUCUGACCAUGGAACAGAGAUAAAUCAUGAUGUGUUUCAUCCUCGAGUUGACGAAUUGCAUAAUUUACAUGUUACUGUUGAAGAUAUCUUGUCU